AUGGCAACAGUCUCCACAUUGAACCCAACAAAGUUCAUGGCCUUCAAGGGUCUUGUCAUGGCCAUGUUUGCCGCCUACCCGACCUCGAUCCACUCGCUUCGACAACCUGGCAGUCUCCUCUGGGUCAUCUUUACCCUCUGGGUUGCCAAGACUGUCAAGAAUAUGAUCAAGAGAGCAUACUUCCACCCGUUGUCCCACCUCCCCGGAAACAAACUCCUCUCAUCGACCUACUUCUUCCUUGGCAUUGCCGGUCUCAGUGGGCGGAGCCAUUACUUCCUCCCCCUCGGGCACAAGUAUUACGGAAAGAUCUUUAGGUUCUCGCCAGAUAUCGUUUCUGUCGCUGACAAGGACAUGAUCAAAGAAAUCCUGGUGACGAUGGAUUACCCCAAGAGCGUGAUCCAUGAAGGGUUUGAGUUGAAUGAUCAGCACAACCUCUUUACCUCGCGCCACAAGGAGUUCCACAAGAACCGACGACGAUUGGUGGCACCAGCAUUCGGAUUGCAGUACCUGCGCGCCCUAGAGCCAAUCAUGGCCGAAUGCACCCAAAUCGCCAUCGACGAGAUCGACAAGAUCCUCAUCGACCCCAAAGCCGUCAAGGGUGGACAUAUCCUUAAACCAGGUCAAGUCGACAUCUGCUCCUUCAUGAUCCGUCUUUCACUCGACAUUAUCGGCGAGACUGCCUUUGGGCAGUCCUUCAGGAUGGUCAAGGAUAACACCCACCCUGUCCCCAAACAGCUAGCGAAUACGCUGAAGAGAUGUAUGCAGCAGACUCUCAACCCGUGGAUGAAGUGGUUUGUGCCGCUGGACUGGUCGUUUGUGGAGUUUGGGGCGCAGAGGGUGAAGGAUAGGAAGUUGAAGGGUGAGGCAGGGAGGAGAGCGGAUCUGUUGCAGUAUUUGAUUGACGCGCAGGCACAUGAGCGUGCGAAUGGUAAUGGGGAGACCGGGAAUGAGUAUGAUGAUAUGAUUGCCGGAAAACUGACUGACAAGGCCGUCGAGACCGAGGCCUGCGUCUUCUUGAUUGCGGGAUCAGAGACAUCGUCGACGGCAAUGACGUUCACGAUUAUGUACCUGGUCAAGAACCUCGACAAGCUGGCCAAGCUGAGAGAGGAGCUUGACUUGGCAACUGCCAGCAAUGCCCCCGGUGCCCUCCCCACCUAUGACCAGAUCCGUAACCUGCCUUAUCUUACUGGAUGUAUCAACGAGUCCCUGCGUCUGCGUCCAGUUGCUGCCACUGGUCUCCCUCGUGAGGUGACCGAGGAUGUGACCAUGAAGGGUCACUUCUUCCCCAAAGGCACAAUCCUACUCGCGCAACUCCCACAGCUGCACUGGUCAAACGAAUACUUCCCGCAAGCCAACAAAUUCAUCCCGGAACGCUGGAUCCCAGACGAAUCGCCGUUCUCUCCCGUCCAGGAUUUCACCUUCUACCCCUUCUCGGCUGGAACUCGCAACUGUGUCGGAAAGAACUAUGCCAUGAUGGAGAUGAGACUGAUCAUUGCAGCACUAAUUGUCCGCUACGACAUUGGAUUCGUUCCUCGACAACGUACCGACUACAUCCAAUACAUUACCACGGCCUUGGCGACCGAUAGCUAUAUCAUUACCAUGAAGCGACGUGAGCUUGUCCGUGGAUUCUAG